CUCCUCCCUCGCUCUCGUCCCCGAAGACGGAAGCCUGCGGAAAAGUGAAGAGGAGCGGAGUUGACAACAUGGGGGGCUCCAAAGUGAAGGUGGCGGUGCGGAUCCGACCCAUGAAUAAGAGAGAAAUAGAUCUGCAUACAAAAUGUGUGGUAGAUGUGGAGACAAACAAAGUUAUUCUUCAUCCUGUGAACACUAACCUUUCAAAAGGAGAUGCUAGGAGCCAACCAAAGGUGUUUGCCUAUGAUCACUGCUUCUGGUCUAUGGAUGAAACUAACAAAGAAAAAUAUGCAGGUCAAGAUAUUGUUUUCAAGUGCCUUGGUGAGAACAUUCUCCAGAAUGCCUUUGAAGGUUACAAUGCGUGCAUUUUUGCCUAUGGACAGACCGGAUCUGGAAAAUCCUACACAAUGAUGGGCACAGCUGAUGAACCUGGAUUAAUACCUCGGCUCUGUAGCAGUCUCUUUGAAAGAGCCCAGCAAGAGGAGAGUGAAGAGCAGAGUUUUAAGGUGGAAGUAUCCUACAUGGAGAUUUAUAAUGAGAAAGUCAGAGAUCUCCUGGACCCAAAGGGGAGCCGUCAAUCUUUAAAAGUCAGAGAGCACAGUGUUUACGGACCUUAUGUAGAUGGUCUUUCAAAACUAGCUGUUGCCAAUUACAAGGACAUAGAGUCUUUGAUGUCUGAAGGCAAUAAAUCUCGUACAGUUGCUGCAACAAACAUGAAUGAAGAGAGUAGUCGAUCCCAUGCUGUUUUCAAAAUUAUCCUCACACACAUAUUGUAUGAUGUAAAAUCAGGGACCUCUGGUGAGAAAGUAGGCAAGUUGAGCCUGGUUGACCUGGCAGGCAGUGAAAGAGCAACCAAGACAGGAGCUGCAGGCGAUAGGUUGAAGGAAGGAAGCAACAUCAACAAAUCUCUCACAACUCUUGGGUUGGUCAUUUCAGCCCUGGCAGAUCAAGCUGCUGGAAAAAAUAAGAACAAGUUUGUUCCUUAUCGUGACUCAGUGCUCACCUGGCUGCUCAAAGAUAGCCUUGGUGGCAAUAGUAAGACUGCAAUGGUUGCUACUGUCAGUCCAGCGGCAGAUAAUUACGAUGAGAUACUUUCUACCUUGAGGUAUGCAGACCGAGCCAAGAACAUUGUGAACCAUGCUGUGAUCAAUGAAGAUCCCAAUGCCCGAAUCAUCCGGGAACUGAGGGAGGAAGUAGAAAAACUCAAGGAACAGCUUACCAAAGCAGAGGCUAUGAAAUCUCCAGAAUUAAAAGAUCGUUUGGAAGAGUCUGAAAAACUUAUUCAGGAGAUGACAGUAACCUGGGAAGAGAAGCUCAGGAAGACAGAGGAAAUUGCACAGGAACGGCAGAAACAACUUGAAAGCCUCGGCAUCUCUCUUCAGUCAUCUGGGAUCAAAGUGGGUGAUAACAAGUGUUUUCUGGUGAAUUUGAAUGCUGACCCUGCACUCAAUGAACUUUUGGUCUACUAUUUAAAGGAGCACACACUCGUUGGAUCUGAUAAUUCUCAAGACAUACAGCUCUGUGGAUUGGGGAUUCUUCCUGAACAUUGUAUAAUAGAUAUUAUUGGGGAUGGACAAGUCAUGUUGACACCUCAGAAGAAUACUAGGACAUUUGUGAAUGGCACAGCUGUUGUAGGUCCCACACAGCUACACCACGGUGAUAGAAUUUUGUGGGGAAACAAUCACUUUUUCCGGCUGAAUUUGCCCAAAAAGAAAAAGAAAGUAGAAGCAGAGGAUGAAGACAAAGAUAGUUCAAUGAAAGGAAGCAACAGCUCUGAGCAGCUGGAUUUAGAUGGAGACAGCUCCAGCGAGGUAUCCAGUGAAAUCAGCUUCAACUAUGAAUAUGCCCAGAUGGAAGUAACCAUGAAAGCUCUUGGAGGAAAUGAUCCAAUGCAGUCCAUUUUACAAAGUCUAGAGCAACAGCACGAAGAAGAGAAACGGUCAGCACUGGAGCGGCAGCGACUCAUGUACGAGCAUGAACUAGAACAGCUCCGGAGACGCCUGUCUCCAGAGAAGCAGCAGUUCCGCACCAUGGACCGGUUUUCCUUCCAUUCUCCCAAUGCACAGCAACGUUUACGCCAGUGGGCGGAAGAGAGAGAAGAGAUGCUCAACCACAGUCUAAGGAAACUGAGAGAGCAGAUUAUGAAGGCCAACCUGUAUGUUAGAGAAGCCAGCUUCAUUGUAGAAGAGAUGGACAAAAGGACUGAAUACAAGGUUACCCUCCAAAUCCCAGCCUCAAGCCUUAAUGCAAACAAAAAGCGGGGUGCAAUACUUAGUGAGCCAGCCAUUCAGGUGAGACGAAAAGGGAAAGGCAAACAAAUCUGGUCCCUGGAGAAACUGGAGAACCGGUUGGUAGAUAUGCGAGACCUCUAUCAAGAAUGGAAAGACUGCGAAGAAGACAACCUGGAACUCUCUGUCAAUAUCACUGAAGAUUUUAUGGAAUAUCUUUCUGAUGGUGCCCUAGCUAUUGAAGUAUACGGGCACAAGCAGUGUGAUUCUCGCAAAAUCCCAGCACUGUGGGAUUUAGGAAUAAUUCAAGCCAAAACACGAAGCCUCCGAGACAGGUGGAGUGAGGUCACCCGCAAAGUGGAGCUAUGGGUUCAGAUUCUGGAACUCAAUGAGAAUGGAGAAUACUGUCCAGUAGAAGUAACUCCAGCAAAGGAUGUACAUUCAGGUGGCAUUUUUCAGCUCAGGCAGGGACAGUCACACCGAAUCCAAGUGGAAGUGAAAUCUGUGCAAGAAUCAGGAACAUUGCCUCUCAUGGAAGAAUCCAUCUUAUCUGUAGCAGUGGGCUGUGUGCAGACCAGACAUAUCAAGUCACCAAAAAGUCAUGAGAAUUAUCAGGAGGAAGAUGAUGACAUGGACAGCUAUCAGGACAGAGAUCUAGAAAGGCUGCGCAGGAAAUGGUUAAAUGCUCUUACAAAACGCCAAGAAUAUCUAGAUCAACAACUGCAGAAACUUGUGGGAAAGCCUGACAAAUCAGAAGAUGAUGUUGAUCGGGAAGCUCAACUGUUAGAGAUGAGGUUGACCCUUACAGAAGAGAGGAAUGCUGUAAUGGUGCCAUCUGCAGGCAGUGGGAUCCCUGGAGCACCUGCUGAGUGGACACCUGUGCCUGGUAUGGAGACACACAUUCCAGUCAUUUUCCUUGAUUUAAAUGCAGAUGACUUCAGCUCUCAGGAUAAUCUUGAUGAGCCAGAAGCUGGUGGCUGGGAUGCUACCCUUGUUGCUGAAGAUGAAGAUGAAUUCUUUGAGUUACAGAUUGUAAAGCACCACAAGAGUGAGGUAAAAGCUGAAGCUUCCUGGGAUUCCACAGUUCACAACUGUGCACAGCUUAGCAGAGGAACAAUGGCUGAACAGAGAGUCUUCCUGAUUGUGAGAGUUGCAGUACAGCUCAGCCAUCCAGCAGAAAUGCAGCUUGUCCUUCGUAAGCGGAUCUGUGUCAAUGUUUAUGGCAAACAGGGUUUUGCUCAGAGUUUCAUGAGAAGAAUGUCUUACCGGAGUUCUGUACCUGGCUGUGGAAUCACCUUUGAAAUCGUUUCAAAUAUCCCAGAGGAUGCUCAGGGGGCAGAGGAACGUGAGGCAUUAGCAAGAAUGGUGGCCAAUGUUGAAGACGCAGCUUCUGCUGCUUCAGAAGUCUAUAUAGAAAAAUACCUUCGAAGUGUGUUGGCUGUAGAAAACAUCCUUACCCUUGAUCGGUUGCGCCAGGAGGUUGCUGUGAAGGAACAGCUAACAGGCAAGGGAAAACUUUAUCGGAAGAGUCUCAGUUCACCAAAUGUCAAUCGACUAUCAGGAAGCCGCCAAGAUCUAAAUCCAUCAUACAGCCUUGCUUCUUACAAAAGUCGAUGGGAAAGCCAGCAAGAUAUUUCUCAGAUUUCAACAGAAUCCAGGUCCAGUGCAAGUCUCCAUGGGUCAACUCAGCAAAAUGGUUCUACAGACCAAGGACUCAGUAGUCUGGCUGCCUCUUACUUGAAUCCGGUGAAGUCCCUCAUGCCUCAGAUGCCAAAGCUGCUCAAAUCUCUGUUUCCUGUUAGAGAUGAAAAAAAGGGCAGGCAGACCUCUCUCCUAGCACAGCAGCCAGUCCCACGAAUUAUGGUUCAGCCUGCCAGGAUUGAUGCCAGUCCUGCAAAAACCCAACAGGUUACCGAGGGACAAGGAAGCAAAGGACCUUUUGAGGUGGCUUUGCAGUUGACAGAGUUGGGGAAGAACCUUGAAAAACCAACCAAAGUGCCUUUACAGCAGUCCACUGUGGACAUCCAAGCACAAGAUUCUCAAGAGGGUCCACCAAGUCCCUUGAGUGAAGCCUCCAGUGGAUACUUCUCUCACAGUGUUUCUACAGCAACCCUUUCUGAAGCACUUGCAUCAGGAAACGACCCCCAUCUUCAACCCAGUAGUCAGACCUCCACCACAAAUGAUGCCCCCUCAAUUUCAAAAACUCCUAAGGUGGUGUCUUCAACAGAUAAUCCUAUAAAAUCAUGUUCUGAUUUAGCUUCUCAAUGUUGCCAUUCUCUUCCAAAGAGGGAUCCAGUUCUCCCUGGCCUUAAAGAUGAUCAAAUAGACAAGGACAAUGAGAAAAUGAGCUAUAAUGGCAACUUAAAAUCAAGAUCUGUUGAUUCUGCCAUUGCUCUAAAUGACGAUCAGGUUUCUCCCUCCCUAGUUACUGAGGAUGCACAUUGCUGUUCUAUCUCUCCUAAUAAGAAACAAAUACAAUUGACACAGACAACCAUCUUAUUACCAUCAGAGAGCCCUCUUUCUGUCCCAAAGGAGGUUCCCAUUUAUAAAACAGGACCUUCAAAAUCUCCAGCUACGGUUGACCUGCCUUCUCAGUCCAGCACUACAAGUUCUCCCUUCAAAAUCCAAAGAGUACGAACAUCAGAACUCAAGUCCUUCUCCAGUAUGUUGAGUGGGGAUCCAGGAGCUUCUUUGUGUUCAGAGGAAGAAAAGAGCAGACAGAAUUCAGAAGACUCAGAAGACCAGAACAACAGUGUAGAUGCUGGUUCUGAAGAGAAGUUGGAUGCAGCAGCAUCUGACUCAGAAGAAACCAAUGAAAUCCCAGACUGGCUGAAAGAAGGCGAAUAUGUAACUGUUGGCACGAAUAAAAUAGGCACUGUGAGAUAUGUUGGUCCAACAGAUUUCCAGGAGGGAACCUGGGUUGGAGUUGAGUUGGAUUUGCCAUCAGGUAAGAACGAUGGUUCAAUUGGAGGCCGGCAGUACUUCAAAUGCAAUCCAGGCUAUGGGCUCCUUGUGAAGCCAAGUCGAGUCAAAAGAGCUACAGGUUCUGCAAGGCGGCGGAGUGCUGGAAUGAAACUACAGGGCACAACUGGGACCGCAACUGAGCACCGGCGGAGUGGCACCUUCUCAGGCUCUGCCUCCAAUUUGGCUUCUUUGACUGCUUUAGCCAAGACAGAAGGAGGAUCAGUUCCACGGACUGAGAAAAGUAAAAAGAAUACAGAAAACAGGAAAUCAUGGGCUACUUGAGAGCAUCUCCCAACGGGCAUGUCUGCCUGGCUCGCAACACUACUGUGUGAAACUGACCCUUCCUUCCUUCCUUCCUUCCUUCCUUCCUUCCUUCCUUCCUUCCUUCCUUCCUUCCUUCCUUCCUUCCUUCCU